AUGGCGGCGGCGGCGGCAGGAGUCGCUGGGGAGUCGUCGGGGACGAAGACGAAGAAGCUUAAGAUUGCUGUCAUCCACCCCGACCUUGGAAUCGGUGGUGCUGAGAGAUUGAUAGUUGACGCGGCAUGUCAGCUUGCUGCCCAUGGGCACGAUGUUCAUGUUUUCACAUCACACCAUGACAGAAAUCGGUGCUUUGAGGAAACAGUCUCUGGUACAUUCCCAGUUACAGUAUAUGGAGAUUUCCUGCCUCGUCAUGUGUUUUACCGCUUUCAUGCUGUCUGUGCUUAUCUUCGCUGCAUUUUUGUUGCACUCUGCGUGCUACUUUGGUGGUCCUCCUUUGAUGUCAUAUUGGUAGACCAGGUUUCUGUUGUGAUUCCACUACUUAAACUAAAGGCAUCAUCAAAGACAAUUUUUUAUUGCCAUUUUCCUGAUCUGUUGCUUGCACAACAUACAACAAUUCUUCGGAGGUUAUAUCGCAAGCCAAUUGACAUGAUUGAGGAAGCCACGACUGGUAUGGCAGAUUUGAUUCUAGUCAACAGUAAGUUCACUGCAGCAACUUUUGCCAGGACAUUUUGCAGUCUUCAUGCUAGAGGAAUCGAGCCUGGUGUUCUAUACCCAGCGGUCUCCGUUGAGCAGUUUCAUGAACCUCAUGAUUAUAAGUUGAAUUUCCUCUCAAUUAACCGGUUUGAGAGAAAAAAGAAUCUUGGUCUAGCCAUUUCAGCAUUUGCUUUGCUCCGGUCAGUUGUUUCUAAGCAACCUGGUGAUGCGCUGCUGGAAGCAAGCUUAACAGUGGCAGGUGGGUACGAUAAGCGUCUCAAAGAAAACGUUGAAUACCUUGAGGAGCUCAAAAGAUUGGCAGCGACUGAAGGUGUUUCUGAACAUGUUAAAUUUGUGACAUCUUGUUCUUCAGCUGAAAGAAACGAGCUUCUGUCCAACUGCCUUUGUGUGUUGUACACUCCAAAGGACGAGCAUUUUGGCAUUGUUCCUCUUGAAGCCAUGGCAGCAUACAAGCCUGUAAUCGCAUGCAACAGUGGCGGUCCAGUGGAAACAGUGGUGAAUGAAGCGACAGGUUUUCUGUGCGAUCCCUCCCCCAUUGAAUUUUCCAAAGCCAUGGUGAAGUUUGUGGGCGAUCACGAUCUAGCGAUCCGGAUGGGCAAGCAAGCACGCGACCGCGUGGUGCAGAAAUUCUCGACCAAGACGUUCGGCGACCUCCUGAACAGCUAUGUCCUCAAUGUCUACCAUCAGAGGAUGGAGUGA